GGCAACCCGAGGGAAAGCCUGAAGGGAAAGCCGCACUGGCCAUCCCUUCAACAUCUAAAGCAACGGCUGCUACUUCCGCUAUGGAGGUGGCGCAAACAGGGUCUAUGGAAUCCUCCCAAACACACAACACAAGUAACUUCGAGCUCAAAUGGGCCCAGGUGAACGCGCCAAAAAACAGGGCUGCUAAAACCACUCCCAAAGUGGCUCAGCGGCCUAGUGGCUUGGCGAGUGAACCCGGGCUCUCGCGGAAACACAAAAAGUUACUGAAAAAGAAGGAGAAGAGGCGAGCAAAACGUGAGUCCCAAACUCAAUCACUCACCUCUCCCCCCAAAACACAAACCGACAGACAGACCGAAAAACCAGGACCGUCCACAACAAAAGCAAUUUUCCGUAAGACUGUGCUGGAAACCAAGGCGACUGGCCAGUCCGAGAAGGAAAGUGGACAAGACAAAGGCAAAACAAAGAGGGCUAGGCUCGACGAGACCCUGUCUCCUCGAGGCGAGCCCAAGAAGCCUAGACUGACUCCAGCCCAAGACACGAGAUCGCCGACUUAUGCCGAGGCAACAUCUGCAGACAAACCCAAGGCUAAGCUCGUCAUCACAUCGGCAACGGGCUAUAUUACUAAAGAGACUGCUGUCAUAGUUGAAAAACACCUGGACGAUGCGUUCAUCGCGACAGCCAGAAGACAAAUAAUGACCGUCGAGGGCCCCAUCUUCAUGCGGAGGCCGACCUCCUAUGACGGCUCGCUUCGCCUCUACUGUGAAAAUCAGGAGGCGGUGGAGUGGACCGUCGGGGUGUGUUCGGAGCUGGAUCUACCAGGGGUGGGCAAACUCACGGUCACAGACGCAAAAGAUAUACCGAAGAUGGUACGCUGCGGCAUCCGUCUACCACACGAACACGAUGGGGACCAAGUGCUCAUUGGUAUGUGCCUUAGACUGGGGAACCCAUGGGCACAAGUGGAGCGAUGGCGUGUCCACACCAUUAUACCACAGGAUAAGGCGACAUUUGUGGUGAGAUCUGUCUGCCAUAAGGCUGAAUUCCAACCAAGACAUAAACAACCUCAACAACGUUAUUGCAUCAGCCUACAUGCAUGAGGCGGAUGCGGUACCACCUGAAGGACUCAACACACUCGUCAGAUUCUGCGAACAUAAUGGAUGGGAACUGAUUGUGUCAACGGACUCCAAUGCCCAUCAUCCGCUAUGGGGAAUGGAAGCAAGCAACAAUAGAGAAAACUGCUGGCAAACCGCCUAUGAGAUCGUCACCUACAACAAGGUGAAAUGGGCGGUGGACAGCUUCCAGCCUUUCAAGUCAGCGGGCACAGAUGGCGUCUUUCCUGCACUGCUACAGUUGGGAGGAGAUAAGUUGAUGUGUCACUGACAGCCCUCUAUGCAGAGGUUGCCUGGGGGCAGAGGAAACAGCCGCUCACGUUCUGCUGGAAUGCAGUGAGGUUGCAAACUACAGGGCGAAGCACCUGGGGUCACCAGGCGCUCUUCGGGAAGUCUUCCGCGACGUUAAGAGGUUGGGUGACUUCUUGGAGGAGCUUGGCUGGUUGGAGUAGCCUCUACCACCCUCGCACGCAAAGUAGGCGCAUAUGGACGUCGAGUUGCGGAAAGCGCCCGUAUGAAGAAGAA